AUGAAUGGAAAUGCGGCAAAGGAAAAUGAAUAUCCGUUUGCCGCAUCUGUGAUGGUCGACUCCCUUGCCAUGAUGUCCCUGUGCGGCGGCGCCAUCAUCGGCUCCAACGAGGUAGUCACUGCGGCCCAUUGUGUAUUGGACACAGAAAGUGGGUCUCUAUAUGAUCCGUCAGAAAUACUGGUGGGCGUUGGUCAUGUCAGACGGAGUAAUCAAGUGCAAUUGAAGGUUGAAUCUGUCAUCCUUCAUCCUGAUUAUAGGACGUCGGAUCUGGCCAAUGACAUUGCCGUCCUCAAGGUUCCUGAUUUGACACAAUUUCUCGAGAGUGGAAGUCUCGCUUUCGGCGGUGCCCCAUAUUUCAUCAGCGCUAUCCCAAUUUAUCCUGGAGAUAUUCCUGAACGAACACGCCUUACAGCGCUUGGAUGGGGUGCAACAUUGGAUGAUACUGUGGACAGCACAUCGGAUGUCCUCCGGUAUUCAGAGCGUGAUGUUGGCUCUCAAAACCGUUGUCGUACUGUGCUUCCUGACUAUGAAAGUAGCGAGGGGCCACAGAUUUGCACCGAUAACAACCUCACUCCUGGAACAGCUACCUGUCAUGGUGACGAUGGCUCCAGCGUUGUGAUUAAUAAGGAGGGGGAACUUCUCUUGGCUGGAUUAGUCAGUUAUGGGACUGGCCCUGGUUGCGGCGCGACAGAUGGCAUUGAAGUUUACACUCAUGUUGGUGAGUAUCUAGGCUUUAUACUCAAUGCCACCACAAGUUUCGCAAGUUAUUGA